UUUCAGUUGGGGCCUCUGGUCAUGGCCUCGCUACGCAGUGCCAGCCCACGGCUGAGGAACUACUUCAAGGAGAACUACAUUCCUCAGGUCUGCGAGGCUCUGUUAUGUGGUCUACUUAUUACAUGUCCUGAGGAUCCGCUGAAAUAUUUACAGAAAAUGAUCAUUACUAUAAUGGAAAAUGGCCUUGAAAGUCUUCUCUGGGAUAUGUGCAUUGAUCCAUCAAUGAGGCCAAAAAUUCGGAGACUCUCUGAAACGUACAUGGAACAACUUUUUGGACUGGAUGAUCAGCUGAUGUCUCCAGAAUUGAUGAUAAAAGCAUGUACUUUUUAUACCGGACAUUUAGUAAAGACCCAUUUUUGCACUUGGAGAGACAUAGCGAUACCUCUUAUAAAUGAAGAUGAACUUCUGGCUGAAAAGAUGGAAAAAGCAAUGGAAUAUGACAAUUUCAGACUUCAAAAAUACAUAUUUCGUCUCUGGCACUCUUAUACAGAAGGUCAAAAAAAACAACUUCCAGAUAUACUAUUGCGGAUGCAAAAGAUGUGCCGCCGUUACAAGCUAAUAGCUAUCCUAACUAAAUGGAGGGAUAAAGCAAGACAUAAGUAUAAAAAGAGAGAAGAUGAGCUGAUGUUAAAACAUGAACUUCAGUUACUGAAAUGGAGAAACAAGUUAAAACUCAAAGUAGUUGCUAAAGAAGAAUCCAUUUUUCCUGAACAAAGUGCGUCUGAAACCUCUCUUGCAGGCGAGAUUCCUGAAUGUGACAUUUCACUUUUACCCGAAAGGGUGAUCUCACGGGUUCGUAUGAAUUCAUGUAUCGUAACUAGUCAUUUUCACAGUGUUUAUUUAAAGAGUGGUUUUAUAAACCUUAGGUGA